AUGGAAGAAAUUUAUCAAAGGCUAAGCGCAGUAAAUCUAUGGCAGGGCUUCAGCAAUUCGGAUGAGACAUCCUUUGAAGUAAUCGAGGCGAGGCUUCAACAUGCGUCUGGGGAAAUCAUCACCGAUCGUAGGACUGUCCACUUGAAAGAGCUGGACACCUGGCUAGCCGAAGGAUCAGAAGACGACGAAGACCCGAAACAAUCUUUGGUUUUGCGACUAGCUUUAAUCGGCUGCGAUAUUAAAACCAGGGUCUUAAAGCUGUCCAAAGAUGUGCUUGAUCCCAUGCUUGACGAAUUCAAUCUUGAGUUGGCCUACACAUACUCACAAAGUUGCAUCACAAAUGUGUCCGCUAUUCCAUCCAAAGGAUCCCAGACAUAUUCAUUUUGCUAUAUGCCCAAGCUAGUUGCUGUUUGGGCGCAGAAGCAACUCAGCACACGGAGUUCGGCUGAUCGACCGCAUCUUACGCAAGGGCUCAUAUUCGUCGAAGAGUCUAACAAGGGAUUUCUCUCUGACAAUCUCUGCUCAUCUUGGAACGCCCUACUUUAUCAUAGCCCCAUGUUUCCUGCUCUUUUAUUCAGCAUGAUCCUCAGCAUGCAAAUUCAUUAUGAGGAAUCAAAGAUUAAGAUGAAGCUGCGCGACGUGGAAAUCGAAACGGGCCAAGAUAGAAUGGCCGAUCGAAAACACAAGGAGAAUACAACAGCAAAAUAUAUCAAGCUAGCUGCCCAGGUAGACCGACACGCUGUAAAGCUUGCUAGCGUGGGCAGGAAGAGCAAGAUGGCAGAAAAGACUCUGACUUUCAUUUUGGAAAAUACACAGCAGCCGUUCGGUGGCAGAGCUAUAACUGCAUCGACCAAGGCCCAUCAACUGCUAAGAAGCCAUGCGUCUCUUUUACAAGAUAGACUAUCGAUGCAGGCUGUCGACAUAGAAUUCACCCUGAAGCGUGUUCAACUCCAGGCCAAUACACUUACGGGUAUCAUCUCCAGAGACGACGUCAAAGCGAACCUCGAUUUAGCAGAAUCUCAGCAUCGUGACUCUUUGUCAAUGAAGACAUUAGCCAUCGUCACCAUGGUUUUUCUUCCAGGAAGCUUCAUCUCCGCGUUGUUCUCAACUUCCAUGUUCGAUUGGGACAGCGUCGAUCCUACUUCGAAUAGCAUUGGGGUGAAAACAAUGCCUCAGUUCGGCUUGUACUGGGCCAUUACCAUUCCGCUCACCUUCGUUACCUUUCUGCUCUACUUUUUCUGGCUGCGAAUGAUGAAGCAGCAGCGAGACCGCAGAAAACAGAGCUUUGAUCAACUCUCUGCUGAAGAGAAGGGUGACCCGGAUGCGAUUGAAAUGGUCAAACUGCGAAAGGACACUGAAUUCAGAAAGAAGUCGUCUAUGCCUUUCGGUAGCUGGUAA